AUGACUAUCCCUUAUCCCUUGAUCGGCCCUGAAUCCUACGGCCUUGGCUCCAAGCAGGCUCGUCGCAGUGCCUGCAGCACCCCUCGCAGCGUUGACAGCAACGUCAUUGAUGCUGCUUUCGCCAAGGAAGUCCAGUCUACCAACGCCUCUCAGGAGCAUUUGGAUUCUUGUGCCAGCAGCAACAAGUCUGAGAAGAAGUGGAAGGCUAGAUUCUCGAGGAAGUUCUUCCACUUCGCUUGA